AUCGAAUCGAAACAAACAAUAAGAAAAAGUUCCUUGGCUCGUGGCGUCCAUAUUGUUCGAGUGCCCCCGGCUUUUGUCAACUCCCGAAAACUCCGGCAAGUCGGUCCCGGCAACGAACCCAAUCAUGAGUAUACCCACGUUCAUAGACAUCGGUGUCGACGACCAGUGCCUGGAGCUUCGCUCGUACCUCAAGGGCUUCGGCGCGGACAUCUCGGACGAGCACGUCCCCGAGAGCCUAGCCCUGAACGUCCAGCAGAUCAUCGGCGUGUGCGACGUGUGCUUCAAAGAAGCCAGCGACGCGGACAUCGAAGCCGUGCUGAACAGCAUCGUGUCCCUCCUGGCCGUCAUCAACCCGACCGAGGGCGAGGCUUUGGUGAACGCCUUCUGCGACAAGCUGUCCAAGGCGCCCUCGAACCGGAUGGGCGCCAUGUGCGUCCGCGUCCUCCAGAACCUCUACGAGGCCCUGAACCCGAGCUGCUCGCUCCGCUUCGACGUCUACUACAACCUGGUGAAGGUGGCGUCCAAGACGGACAUGAUGGCGGCCGUCUUCAGCGACCUGAACAAGGUGAAGGCGUGGCUGACGCGGCUGACGGUGCCCGUGGCCCGCGUCCAGAAGCUCCUGCGGCUGCUCCACGAGGCCCUGGUCGAGGCCAAGCAGACGGAGCUGGCAUCCAAGCUCAUGGUCGAGCUCCUGUCCACGUACACGGAGGACAACGCGUCGCAGGCGCGGGACGACGCGCACCGCUGCAUCGUCUCCUGCCUGGCGGACCCAAACACCUUCCUACUCGACCACCUGCUGCCGCUCAAGCCCGUGCGGUUCCUCGAAGGGGAGCUCAUCCAUGACUUGCUCACCAUCUUCGUGUCCGAGAAGCUGUCGGCAUACCUCCAGUUCUACCAGGCCAACAAGGACUUUGUGAGCUCCCUGGGCCUCUCGCACGAGCAGAACCUGCACAAGAUGCGGCUGCUCACGCUGAUGCAGAUGGCCGAGACCCAGCGGGAGCUGGACUUCGACGUGCUGCAGCGGGAGCUGCAACUGCAGGAUGUUGAGGGCUUUGUGGUGGAAGCGCUGCGCACACGCAUGCUCACGGCCAAGAUCAACCAGACGGGACGCAAGGUGGUGGUGGCCACCACCGUGCACCGCACCUUCGGCAGGCACCAGUGGCAGCAGCUCAAGGACAUCCUGGUGCAGUGGCACGAGCGCCUCAACCUCGUCGAGAACAACAUGGACCGGGUGGUUAGGGCUCAGUUUGAGCCCCUGGCCCCGCCCACGGCCUGAAACCCACGAGGGGUGGGGCGUGCGCGUCGGCAGGACUCUGGUUCCGGCGUCGGGCUGCUCGUUUUGGCCUCUCGGCGCUUCUUGGGGGCGUCGUCGCCGCAAGAGACCGGCUGCUGGCCAUUAAAAUAAACGUCAGAUCGAUGCUCUUUUUGUAUUGA